CUUACGGCCGUUAGCUCGACGGUUAGUGACUUGACUUGAAGGAGGAUCAACGAGCGGAAUUUUUUAUUGUAAACGGUAACCGAACCGGCGAAAUGUCAAACUUAACUGACGAUUGAAAACGUGUCAGCUUUUACUUUGUAAGUGUUUAGAAUUUUUUUAGUGUGUGUCGAUAAUGCAGGACGGAAAAACCUGAUGAAGUUCACCAGAGAUAUCUGCCGGCUGCUGGGCUUAGGAGGCGGAGGGUCAUGUGAGGAGGAGAUGGAGGUCCAGAAUGGAGCUUCUGACCUGACGGACAGAAGAAAAGACCAAGGCUCCUCACAGAUGCUGAACAGUGAGGAGGGUUUGGAUGAUGAGGAGAAAACCAGAAGGAGAGCCGAGAAGAGGAGAGCUAAAAGGAAAAGGCAGAAACAACGCAAGAAGCUGGAGAGAGGCGACAGGACGGAGGAUGCUUCGGAGCAGGAAGAGGAAGCAGCUGGCGCGGGGUCAGAUAGCGACAGUGAGGAGGAAUUGAAACAGGAGGAGGAGGAGGAAAAAUGGACCGCCGUUCGCCCCAGAAACAAAAGCUUCCCCGAGUCAGUCCCUGCUCUCGAGACAGAGGGGGGGACAAGCCACGGCCAGCUGCCCCACCGGACCUCAGAGGAGGAGCCGGAGUGGGAUGUCAGCAGUGCGUUCGUGGCCAACGCCGCGAGCCACAUCAAACUGAAGACCCUGAAGAGCAGAACCAUGCAGAUCUCCAGAGAGAACAAGGAGAACGAGGCCAGGAGCACCCAGGUGGAGAGCACAGAAGAGAUGAAGAGGAGGGGGGAGUCUCUGACAGUGCAGGGCAUCCAGAUGUUCGGGCAGGGUCUGUACAGCCGGGCAGUGGACAUGUUUACAGAAGCCAUCUACUGCGACCCCAACGACCACAGGUUCUAUGGAAACCGCUCUUACUGUUACAGCUGUCUGGAGCGAUUCUCCGCCGCCCUAUCAGACGCUUGGAGGUCCAUUCAGCUGGCUCCUGAUUGGCCGAAGGGGUACUUCCGUAAAGGGUGUGCUCUGAUGGGGUUAAAGAGGUACAGUGAGGCGGAGGCGGCCAUGGAGCACGUGUUGAAGUUGGAUCAGCACUGCAAGGAAGCUUCCAGUAAACUCUUCACCUGCCGGGUCCUGCAGCUCCUGGAGUUGGGUUUCGAGGAGGAGCAGAGUAAGGAGCUGCUGGAGAAGUUCACCACAGUCCAGGCCGUGGUCACCUCACCUGAGGCCCAGACUCUGAAGAACCAAUCACAGCAGGACCAGAGUGGGAGCUGUCGCUCUCUGUGGGUGGGGAACGUUACGUUGGAAGUCACAGAGAAAGAGCUCUUGGAUCUCUUCAAAAUGUUUGGGGAGGUAGAGAGCAUACGAGUUCUUCACGAGCGUUUCUGUGCCUUUGUUAACUUCAAGAACGCCAACAUGGCCACCAGAGCGCUGGAGAAGCUGCAGGGGGUGGAGAUGGGCGGCAGCAAGCUGGUGAUGAGGUACCCGGACCGCUGGAUCCAGCGAACCCUGCCCCCCCCACAAAGGACCAACGACAGCCUCAGCUCCAACUGGGAGGGACCUCAGCUGAGCUUAGCUGCCACAGGAUCCAGACAGUGUGUACCUAUCGCCGGAGACGAGUGCUUCUACUGGAGGACCACGGGCUGUUUCUAUGGCGACAAGUGCCGCUUAAAACACAUACCGGACCAUCAAGGUCGAGACAAAAAGACAUGGCAACCCUGACUGUGUCCCAACACAACGGUAUGUACGCCAACGCCAGGGACACGUGACUCUGAAGAGUUUCACAGAGACCAAGCUGCUGAAGUUCAGCCCUUCUGAUGAAAGGAACUCCCUGAAGGGACUAAAGGCGAGGAUGGACACGGGGGUCCCUGCUCUGUGGGAACUCCAAAGGAUCCUCAGAAGGACAACUGAGUUUGGUCGAAGCACUCUGGAAACACUUCCAACACAAAGCUCAGUGACAAACUGCGUCCCCUUAACACCCCUGUUGAAUUGCUUUAAGGUCAAGAGGUAUUUUCAUAGCUUUUCAAUAAACAGUUUUAAAUAUGUGCAUAAAACAAUAAAUAGAUGAAAAAACAAAUGA